CGAAAAUUACUUAUUUUUUAAAACAAGUAUGGCUGCCCUUGGAAGGACGUUGGCCAGAUUAUUGCCAAAAAAAGGAAUUACUCGUCCAUAUGGGUCCAGCAUAACAUCUGCAGGCAGCAAGGACUUUGAGGGAAAGAAUGUUGAUACUGUAACACAUACUGGAGAGAAAAUGGAACCUGGUGACUGGCGGAGGGGAAGAUUUGUAGACAAGGUUAAGUUGGUCAACACCAGGUUUGCCAUAGACCUAAUAGCAGAAGAUCCUGUCGUUGUCUGUGAGACUUCCAAUGUUUGGUCUAGCAGUAAGGGGGCAUUAGGUCACCCUAAAGUAUAUAUAAACAUUGAUAAACCAGAAGUUGGAGUAUGUGGUUAUUCUGGCAGAAAAUUUAUACAAAAGAAAUAUUACAAUGAGGCUGAACAUGGCCCUUGUAUAACAUAUGAGGAAUAUUUAGAAGACAUGAAGGCAUAAAUACUAUAUAAGUGAUGAGUGAUGUGAUGAUAUAGUUAUACAUACUGUUAAAACAAUAAUAAGUUAAGCAAUUUGAAUAAAAUAUGAAAAAAAUGUCA